AGCACCGCACUUUCAUCCAGGCCGUGAGAUCGCCACCACGAAAAAACAAAAAAAGAGUAAACCAGUGAUGUUCCAUAGUUAAAAUUAUAAUUUAAAAAAUCAAUGUGUCAUUUGAAGUUCGUUUUUUGAAUUUGAAUUACGAAAUUAUUCGAAAUGAAGUGGGUUUUCUAUGUGAUCGUUUUUGUGUACAUGUUCUAUAGGGCAGUGUACGGUCUGAAAACUGUGGAAAACAGUUUGAUGGUGGAACCCGUCACGUAUGGGGACGAUGACUAUUUGAAAGUUGGAAGCCAUAAAACCAUCAGUUGCAAGGCGUCCAAUCGGAAUCAGAGGGUGGAAUGGAUAGACCCGAAUGGCUACACAGUGAAACGCAUGCCAGGAGGUCGGAUAUUCUCUCAGGAGCAUUUCGUGCAGUCCAUGAGGGGACGAGCUCCGGCUCUAGUGCUGACUAUCACAAGAGCUGCGGUACAGGAUACCGGGGUAUACCAGUGCAAGUCUGGAGAUCUAGUUAAGAAUGUGUCACUGUGUGUUAUUGAACCUUCGGACUUUGGUGAAUCCCCUGCUGAGGUGGUAGCAGACAUAGGCCGCUCCAUCACAUUGUCUUGCCAAGCUAAGGGUGAUCCUGAACCCAGGAUCUCAUGGGUCUGGAAAGGAGUUACUAUUAGUGAUGAAUACGACACUGACAAAUACAAAGUGAUGACGAAGUACAACAUGCAAGGCUUCGAAGGUCUACUAACCAUCACGUCUCUGGAGCCAGAGGACAGUGGAGUGUACGGCUGUCUGAGCAUCCAGGAUAGCCCGCAAAGCGAAGACUGUAGCCAUAUGGAGACGUUCAAUAUCACUCUGAAUGUGAAUCAUCCUCCAAUAUUUGAAGAUGGCAAUAAAACGAAGUUGGUUUAUGGCAAGACCAAUCAAGAAGUCGAAAUAGAAUGCGUUGCCAACGGCCACCCGGCUCCCACAUACAGAUGGUUCCAGGAUCUAAAAGAUGACAUUUUGUACGAAUACGACAAGAAACAAGUGAAGAUCUCAGACGAGGGUUCAGCCGUUUUGACCGUGGUAGCCAACAAGACUACGUUUUAUAAUAGGUACAAGUGUGUGGCUAGCAAUGAGCAUGGCGACUCGGAAAAGUAUUUUGUUUUAAUGAAAAUGGAGAAACCUAAUAAGCCUAAUGAAGUGAGCUUGUUUAACGCUACAGCAAAUUCAGUUAAUUUGAAUGUAACGUGGUAUGAAGAAGUACAGUUCCCAAUUAACGCGUUGGAGAUACAACAUAUAGAACAAACUGACAUGGGCAGGAAAAUAUUCCCUCCCAAAGAAGCGUCGUGGAAGAAAAGUAAGCAGGUUGAAGUGAAAUUUUUAGGAGAAACUAUCGAUCCCGAAAUUGGAGGUAUCAUAGUAGCAUUGGAAGAAUUAGACCCGGACACAGCAUAUUGGAUCCGAUUGCGAGUAACCAACGAGGUUGGUGAAUCACCCUGGUCUGAUAUAGUGCUGGUUUCCACCGGUUCUGAAGAGGAAGAUUCCACUACGGAAGACCCGGAUGCUGAACCAGAAGUAGGCAGUAAUGAAGAGAAUAUGAAUGACGCUACUUUCUACGGCAUUUUCUUUGCUGGUGGUAUAUUUGUAGUUUCUUUUGUUUGUAUGUUUGCUAUGAGAUUGGUUAAGUAGACUUACGGAUGCAAAUGUUUUUAUAAUACGUAGCGUAGUUACGUCAUAUGUCAUUUUUAUUUUAUUUGAAGAGAGUUGAUAUGGCAGUAAAGUUUAAAUAGAUGUUACGUUUGAAAAGAAUUGUUUAUAUUAUUUAUUGAUAAAGGAAAUUUCAAAGACGUGAAGUCAUAUGAAUUACUUUGUAAAUACUAUAUUAAGUAAUGAAAUUAUAAU